AAAACUACACAUGGUGGCGUUUUCAACAUGGCGACUUACAUGAACACUUAUACAUAUGUGUAGGUCUAGGUCGGUGUCAAUUGUAACUGCCGUUGUGAGUAUUUACAGUCCGUUUAUGUGUAUUGCCGCUUGCGACGUAUUUUUCAAUAGUUUCAACGGAACAUAUUUUGCCUAGUCAAAGGUACCCUGAUAUGUAUGUGAUUGAUGCCUAUCGCUUCAUUAAAAAGGAUGCAAAAGCAGGGAGAAACUUUCGUUAGUUGUGCGCAGAAAGGUGACGUGCAUUCUAUGCAGAUAUUGAGUGCUGGCAAAUUUCAGGCAGACGAGAUAAUUGAGUAUAGUCGACCUCGGUCAGGUGACAGAGCAGUCCACUUGGCCGCCAGACAUGACCACGUUCGAGUGUUGGAGUUUCUGAAAGUUGAGGGUACCGAUUUUGAAACUGCAAACUUGGAUGGAAAAAGAGCCUUACACGAAGCGGCCGUGUCUGGGAAUGGCAGUUGUGUGGCAUUCUUGCUAUCAACCGGUGUUCAGGUGGACCCUUUGAAAAGAGCUGACUGGACCCCUUUGCAUCUGGCUUGUACCAAAGCAGACAAGGAUAUCAUCAAACAACUCAUUGAACAUGGGGCUAACCCAAGACUAAGGAAUAAAGAUGGUUGGAAUGCUCUCCAUAUUGCUGCCAGGGAGGGACACGUGGAUAUUUUGACCUAUCUUCUGGACUGCAUUCCUGACCUGUGGGACACGGUCAGCAAAAAUGGUCGGACACCUCUACACACAGCAGCCCUGCAUGGGAAGCAUAGGGCAGUGAGUUUACUUCUGACAAGAGGCAGUUAUCCAGUUGAUCAAGCAGACAGCUGUGGAUCCACUCCUUUGAUGGAUGCACUGAGAGAUGGCUUUGUUGAUAUAGCUCAGCUUCUUGUAGAUCAACAAAAGGCAGAAGUGCAUAAAUGUGACAUACUGGGCCGAAUGGCAGUACACCUUGCUGCACAGGCCGGCUGCCAAUCGUCUGUCACUUUCCUUGUCAGUCAGCAACAGGUGGGUGUGGAUACGCCUACCACAAAGGGUGGAAGCACGCCAUUGCACCUGGCAGCCAAGGAAUGCCAUUUCACAAUGCUAGAGACUUUACACUCUCUUGGAGCCAACAUCAAUGCUGUAGACGACAAAGGAAGAACGGCAUUGCACAUUGCUGCUGCUAUUCAAAACCGAGCAUGUGUGGAGACUCUGUUGAGAUUGGGUGCGUUGGAUUGCCCAGACAAGAGUGGACGCACACCAAGCCAACUUGUUCAAAAGCAAGACAUUCUGAAACUCUUUGAUAUGUAGACAAUGUGUUAGGACUGGACUAAUUGAAUCACACGAACAAGGGGAUGCACACCAAGCCAAUUGGUCAAAAGCAGGACAUUCUGAAAUUCCUUGAGGACACAUGAAUUAUGUGUGGGGACUCUGCUGAGAUUGGGUGCGUUGGAUUGCCCGGACAAGAGUGGACGCACACCAAGCAACAAUGUGUGAGGACUCUUGUUGAGAUUGGACUAAUUGAAGCACCUGGACAACGGGAUGCACGCCAAGCCAAUUGGUCAAAAGCAGGACAUUCUGAAGUUCUCUGAGGACAUAAAUGUGUGAGGACUGUGAUGAGAUUAGACAAAUUGAAUCACCUGAACAAGGGGAUGCACACCUAGCCACUUGGUCAAAAGCAGGACACUCUGAAAUUCUCCGAGGACAUAAAUGUGUGAGGACUGUGUUGAGAUUGGACUAAUUAAAUCACCUGGACAAAGGGGAUGCACACCUAGCCAAUUGGUCAAAAGCAGGACAUUCUGAAAUUCUCUUAGGACCUAAAUGUGUGAGGACUGUGUUGAGAUUGGACUAACUGAACCAUUUGGACAAGAAUGAAUGCACAUCGACCCAACUUGUCAAAAAGCAGACGUUCUGAAACUCCUCGAGGACACUUGAGCAGUUAUCAAAUAAAACUUUCAUUUACAUUACUUCUUCCUUUCCAGUCAGUUUACCAAUUGUUUAGAGAUCCUACUAUUGGAAAUUUUGCAGUGGACGCUUACGUUUUGCAUAUUUUCACAUGACAACAUCUGAAUGUUCAGAAUAUCUCGUUGUUGUUCUUUCCUAUAUGUAAUUCUUGCCUCUGCAGCCAUGCAUUAAUAUGUGUGAUGAUGAACGGCUGUGAAAGAAGUGACCUACAGUACACUGUUAACUAUCACCGGCUCCUUGUUUCACAUUCAAAACUCAUCAUAAACAUACUCAUUUAGAACUCAAAACCUCUUACACUCAAAACAGUUCAGAGCACUUUGAAAUAUCAACUCAUGGCAUUAUACAAAUAUUAUGUAUGGCUGUAUUUGUGUGGCGGACGGCAAUUCUUUUCCUGUUGUUUUGGUCAUUAUGUCAGUGGGGACCCAAUUCCUUGACUGGACAGUCGGGUGGACUCUGAAGAAAGCAAGGAACGAUUUCCCUAAAUCCAAAUGUGGAAUACUAACAAAUUAUUACACAAACAUGGAUUCUGUUAAUGGUUGAUUGAUCAAUAAUUGCUUUUAAUUUCUAAUGCAGUAUCAGUAUCGAGUUAUUUUGCAGGGCACUAUCCAACA